ACGCCACCUGUUGGCCGGGGCCUCAAGAGCAGAGCUAUAAAUAUAUAUGGGCUUGAAUUUGUUGAUGUUUGCUUUCGUGUUUUUUUUAUGGCUGGCAAACAGAAAGCAGAGCGAAAUAUAAAAUAAAAGCGGGCAACAGGGUAAAUGUAUAAUUUCGUUGAUAUGGUUAUCGUGCGCGACAUUCUUUUAAUUGUGUCUAAAAAGCGGUACAGCCCGGUUCGGUUUUCAAUUCAACCCAUUAGUGUUAAAAAUCAGUUGAAGAUGGGCGAUCGACAGCGCGUUGAAACCCUCUGUGGGGGAGUUUUCCUGCUCAUGAUUUUCGGGGGAAGUCCCUGCUCAGUUGCCCAAUUAUUUUCGGUGGAUAGCAGUGGUUUGGGCAUUUCCCUAAUGCAAUCGGUGACCAUGGCCUUAAACGCUUCCAGUCUCGCUCUGGCCAACAAUACCGCCUGGCCAGAGCAACACAAUCCGCCGGAGGAUCGAUUGGAGAUCGAGCACUAUGACUACAUAGUCGUGGGAGCGGGCAGUGCUGGCUCCAUAGUGGCCAGUCGUCUGAGUGAACUGUGCCAGGUGAAGGUCCUGCUGCUGGAGGAGGGCCAACUGCCCCCACUGGAGUCCGAAAUCUUCAGCCUUAGUGGAGCCCUGCAUCACGAUGCGAGGUACAUGUUCCUUGAGGAGGCCGAACCAAAUCCGAAAUGUUGCCAGGCCAUGGCACCUGGUCAUGGCUGCGUCUGGUGGCAUGGACGCAUGAUGGGCGGCGGUGGAGCCAUCAAUGGAAACAUCUACAUUCCCGGCAGUCGGCAGAACUUCAAGAACUGGAAUUCGACUGUCUGGGAUUGGCCACAGGUCCAAAAGACCUACAAUCGCCUGCAACGACGCCUAAAUCUCUCCUACCUUCAAGCUAAUAGUCUCAGCAUAAAGUUAGCCAAUCUCAUUUACUCUGGCUCCUCGGAAUUGGGUGUGCCCCGAAUGAAACAACCCUUGAUAGCCGGUUCCACCUUCGGUUACACCCAUCACGUUCCCGUGACCAUUAACCAAGGCCGAAGGGGCAGCAGUGCUCGCUUAUACCUGGCCAACGAUCAGGUGAAUAGAAGACCCAAUCUUAGGGUAAUACGAGGAGCGCAAGUCCAGAAGGUGCUAAUCAGCCCCGAGGGAAACCAGGCCACAGGUGUAACUUACACCCUAAAUGGAGUAGAACACACGGCAAAGUCCUCAGGAGAAGUGAUCCUGAGUGCAGGAACCCUAAAUUCCGCCAAGUUGCUACUGCUUUCGGGCAUUGGACCCCGGGAAGAGCUCCAAAAAUGGGAUAUACCCAUCUACCAGGACCUGCCGGUGGGUCGAAAUCUUCAGGAUCAUGGCAUGCUGCCAUUGUUUCUGCUUUUUGGUUCCAAUUGUGCCGUAAAUAGUACGCGGGAUCCCACAGAUAAUCCCUAUGCGCCCAUUUCUGUUACCAAAUAUCUUCUGGAAAACCAAAAGGGCCCUUUGGCCAGUGGCUUCUACAUGAUGGGCUACAUCAACUCCAGUUCACCCAGUUCCAGCCAUGGCGAACCCGAUCUCCAUGUGGUGGCCCACACUCUUUUGCCAAAGGGAAGCAGUGGCAGCUUUGGUUACUUGGGUUUCCGGCCAGAGCUAAUUCAGGCUCAGCAAGAUAUCCUAAAGAAAUGGGAUCUGCUGCAGAUUAUGGGUUCUCUAAUGCAUCCUUUGGCCCGAGGAAAAGUGAGUCUCUCUGGCAAGAAUUGCUCUGACCAAGCCAAAAUCGAAAACCAUUAUGGCGAGGCUCGAGAGGAUCAGCAAACGCUACUCCGCUAUGUGAGAUAUAUUCAAAAGCUGACCAAUACCCGAUCUUUUCGUCGAUGUGGUCUACGUUUCUGGUUGCCUACACUCGAGGAGUGUGAUAUAUUAGCACCCGAUUCGGAUGACUACUGGCUGUGCUAUAUCCGAUACUUUUAUGUGGGUGCCUGGCAUUCCGUGGGCACCUGUCGCAUGGCUCCUCGAAGGAAUUUCCAGGAGGAUGGCGGCGUUGUGGAUGAAAGACUACGGGUUCACGGUGUGAAGGGUCUUCGCGUAGUGGAUGCCAGUAUUAUGCCGGAGUUACCGGCGGGCAAUACGAAUGGACCCGCCAUGAUGAUCGGCGAGAAAGGAGCCGAAAUGAUCCUCGAAGAUCGCGGGCAGAAGAAUGAGGUUGUUCAGGAAUGCUGAAUGCUACAAUAAGUUAUAUAUAUAUUUUAAGAGAAACUGCUACCAAAAAUUGUUGUAUUUAAUGAUUUAGCUAUACUUUUGUAAGAAUACUACUACGAAAACAUU